CGGCAGACACUUUCACACACACACCUGCCAGACAACACACCUGCGCUCCACAACUCCCGGCUGUCCAGAUGUCACAGCGCCUCAGCUCGAACCUCUGCCUGCUGGCCCUGCCGCUGAUCGCCCUGCUGCUGCUCUUCUCCCCUCUGGGAUGGAGCCAUGAAAACAUCACCCCGGGGUGCCACCUUUAUCCCUUCAAUGUGACCAUCCGCAGCGACCGGCGCGGCACGUGCAAAGGCACCCACCUGGUGUACGCCUGCGUGGGCUAUUGCGAGUCCAGCGCCUUCCCGUCCAGGUACUCAGUACUGGUGGCCUCCAACUUCACCCACAACAUCACCUCCACCUCGCGGUGCUGCACCAUCAGCAAGGACGCCAAGGUCAAAGUUCGCCUGGACUGCCCCAGAGGUCGCCACCACGAUGAAAUAGAGAUCCUCACAGCGAAGGCGUGUCGCUGCGACAUGUGCCGCAAAUCCCGCUACUGACGUAUCAUGACGGAAAAGCUGCGUACCAAAUAUGAACAAGUUAACAAUCAAGUUUCCUUUUAGUCAGUUAAGCAGUUCAGUACCUUUCUCCUUCUGUCCAUGUCAAGAAUCCACCUUUUCUAACUGACCUAUCACUACGUUACUGUGGAAAGCAGCGUUUCUUCACUUUCAUUGAUUUAUAGCCUAUGAUGAUCAACCCUGGUGAGAAUGAGCCAAAAGGAAUUAGAUGAUAACAUACAGUUAAAAGUCAUAUCUUCACAUAUUUUUCAAAUAAUAAUAAUAAUAGUAAUACAACAAAAAUCCAAAGAUGUUUCCAUCUUUUUUUUGCAAUAACCACUAAACACAGAAAGACUAAAGAA